AUGAGUGCAGUGUUUAGUAGCGUGUAAUUCGCCAAGCCAUCAGCAUGAGCGCUGAAGAAGUGCGAGAAUUGUACGAUUUUGCAGUGCCUCGCGUCCUGGCUGCCGGCAAGAUUAUGUUGGAGGCAAAAGUCAUCAAAGGGGAGGAAAAGAACGGUGUAGAAUGGGACUGGGUGACCGAAUUCGAUGGGCAGAUCGAGCAGGUGCUCAUCGGGCAGAUGAGACAUCGCUACCCUGAGCACAAAUUUAUAGGAGAAGAGUCGAGUUCGAAUGCGGAGCUUACCGAUGCCCCCACAUGGAUAAUCGACCCCAUUGAUGGCACGGAGAAUUUCAUCCACAAGCUGCGGCUCUCCUGCCUCUCGCUAGGAGUGACCAUUGGGAAAGAGCAGGUGUUUGGCAUUGUUUUCAACCCCCACAUGGAUGAACUUUUUACGGCCAUUCGAGGAGAGGGCGCUUUUUUAAAUGGCGAAAGAAUCCACGUGAGCUCUCAGAAUGAUUUUCGUCAGUCAUUCUUCAACUACGAACUGGGGAUGGCCAGGACGAGCGACUACUACUACAACCUCUACAUGUUCAGACUGAAGCACCUCAUUCCGAAGGUCAUGAGUUUUAGAUGUUUGGGGUGCGCCGCUCUAGGCCUAUGUUAUGUGGCCUGCGGCCGAACCGACGCCUAUCAGUGCGAUGGGUUGCACAUCUGGGACGCAGCAGCAGGGACUUUGAUAGUACGAGAGGCGGGCGGCUACGUGGUCGAUUCCUCCGGUCGAGACUUCGAGCUGGCCAAGCCAAACUUCCUGGCCGCUUCCACCAAGGCUUUAGCCGACCAAUACUUGCGCAUCGAAAGAGAGGCGGAUGAGGAAAUGAGUAGGGCUCUUAAGGUCAAAGAGGAGUUUGCUCCCUGAAUGCCUUUUCCCAGUUAAACUGUUUUUGCUCAGUUUCACACGGAAGGAACAGCAAACUCGCGAAACAAAAAAUGUUUUUGUGUUCCAUCCAGUGCCGUACACGAAAGACUCAGGACUCAUUUUAAGGAGAAUAAAUAGCAGCUUGUUCCAAAGAAA